AUGUCAACACUGUCAUCCAAACACUCGUUUACCAAUCCCACAGCCGCCACUGUCGUGUUUCUUUUCUUCGCCGCCAAACUUUCAACGAUUCUCGCCGGCAGCCCCCACGACAUCAAUUUCCGGUCACCGAAUCUCUUCCCGGAAGGCCUAGCGUGGGAUCCGACAGGGCAACACUUCCUUGUUGGAUCUCUCCGCCACCGCACCAUCUCCGAAGUCUCUGACGCCGGCGUGGUCCAAACCCUAAUCUCCGACCCCUCCCUCCCGGAAAACGUCACCAUCCUGGGCCUGGCAGUUGACUCCCUCAACAACCGCGUCCUGGCGGCGGUCCACGCCCAGGCCCCCAUCCCUCCGUUGAACGCCCUUGCCGCCUACGACCUUCGGUCCGGCCACCGCCUCUUCCUUUCCGCCCUUCCCUCCGCCGAAGGAGACCACGAACGCGCCAUCGCGAACGACGUGGCUGUGGACUUCAAAGGCAACGCGUACGUGACCAACUCGGCGGGAAACUACAUCUGGAAGGUGAACGAGAAGGGAGAAGCCUCGAUCUUUUCAAAUUCCGCGAAGUUCACUGAACACCCUGGGAUCAUUGGAGAAAUGUACAGCUCCUGCGGCCUAAACGGCGUUGUUUACAACGGCAAGGGUUAUCUCCUGGUGGUGCAGAGCAACACGGGGAAGAUGUUCAAGGUGGACGCGGACGACGGUAUGGCUAGACUCGUCCUCCUGAACGAGGAUCUCAUGGCCGCGGACGGUGUAGCUUUGAGGAGCGACGACGUCGUUUUGGUAGUGUCGUCGAAGAGGGUGUGGAUGGUGAAGAGUAACGAUGGAUGGAGCCAGGGUGUGGUGUUUGACAAAAUUGACCUCGAUGAUGAGGGGUUUCCGACUUCGAUUGUGGUGGGAGAGAGGGAGAGGGCUUACGUGCUGCAUGGGCGCGUGAUGGAGGGGAUUUUGGGGAAUUCGGCGGAGAGUUUUAAGAUUGAGGAGGUGAGGUUUCCUAGGGAGAGCGAGGGGGAGAAUGUUUGGAUGUAUGUGAUGGUUGGAAUUGGAUUGGCUUAUUUCUUGUUUUGGAGGUUUCAGAUGAAGCAGCUUCUCAACAACAUGAACAAGAAGAUCAACUGA